AUGAAGGACUUGGUUAAGCGCGCGGUGCUAAAGACACACCCAUGCCAGGAGUGUGGCAAAUCCUUCAGCAAGAAGGGAAACCUGAAGAGACACCAGCGGAUCCACACGGCAGAGGAGCUCUUCACUUGCGGGGAGUGUGGGAGGCGUUUCACCACCCGGGGCCACCUCACGACCCACCAGAGCAUCCACACAGGAGAGAGGCCCUUCUGCUGUGGGGAGUGUGGGCGCUGCUUCCGCCUGGAGAUAUGCCUGGCCGCCCACCAGAAGACACACGCCAAGGGUGGUCCCUACCUCUGCGCCCGCUGCGGCAAGAGCCUGAGCACAAAGAUCUACUUCAAUAUCCACAUGCGGACACACACGGAGAAGAGGCCAUUCGCCUGCACUGAGUGUGGGAAGAGCUUUGUGAAGAAGGGGACCCUCACUGCCCACAAGGAGAUCCACAAGAGGGAGAAGCCCUUCAAAUGCCCUGACUGCAGUAGGUGCUUUGGGCAAAGUGCCACACUGCUGGCCCACCAGAAGAUACACCUCCGCGGUGGCCCUUUCAUUUGUACGGAGUGUGGGAAGAGCUUGAGCACCAAGAGGUAUUUCAACAUCCACCAGAGGAACCAUGCUAAGCAAAAGCCGUUCGAGGGACACAUCAAUGGUGUGUCUCUCCAGGUCAUCCAGAUUAAAGAGGAGCCUGAUUUUGCCUUCAGGUCAGAGGAGAAUAUGUUGGACAGUAUGUCCCAUGAAGGAGAUGUAGCCCAGGGGUGUAGCAUACCUAGAAACCCAUCUAAUCCAAAAAGCCCUCCUUGGAAAAUCCAAAUGAAGGAGGAACCAGACCCACCCACUGAUGACACAGCAAACAUUACUGCAAUAGCCUGCCAGAAACUUUACAUCAAGGAAGAGCCACCAGAAAACCCAGACUAUGGAAAGCUCUUUGAUCCAAAGAUCCCACUGAUGGCUUUACAGGGGAGACAGCUUAAAAAGGAAGAAGAUGCUGAUGGGCAGCAUGAACGGGAAGUCAGCAACGGGCUGCUCCAUGUGAAGGAAGAACCACAAGAAAGCAUUGAGUUUGGGACGUAUUAUGAACAGAAGCCGAAACUCAGUGCUACCCAGAGGAUCCACAUUAAAGAGGAACCUGGUGUGGAGGCCAACCACCAGGAGAGCCAGAGCCCAAAGAGGAAACAGGAGAAAUGCUAUCAGCCCACCAAAGAGGGGAUGCUGGAGAACCAGGAGAAAUCCAUGUCCAAGAAAGAUCCCUCAGCAAAAGGAGCUCCCAAGGGUGAACGGAUAUUCCCCUGUCCCGAGUGCGGGAAGAGUUUCAAUCAGAAAUCAAACCUGACCAGACACAGGAAGAUUCACACGAGCGAGGGGCCGUACAAGUGCAGCGAGUGCGGGGAGAGCUUCCGCAUGAACCGCAAGCUGAUCCGCCACCAGCGAGUCCACAUGAGCGAGCCCUUCAAAUGCACCGAGUGCGGGAAGAGCUUCACCCAGAGGUCGAAUCUAGUUCGGCAUCAGAGGAUCCACACCAAGGAGGAGCCCUACCAGUGCCCUGAGUGCGAGAAGACCUUCAACCAGAAGGCCAACCUCUUCCGUCACCAAACAAUCCAUAGAAGGGAGAAGCCCCAUGCCUGCACCGAGUGCGGGAAGAGCUUCAAGAUGAAGGUGGACCUCACCAAGCACCUCCGGACUCACACAGGUGAGAGACCGUUCCCCUGCACCGACUGCGGCAAGAGGUUCAUCACCAAAUCACAACUCAAGGAGCACCAGAGGAUCCACACGGGCGAGCGGCCAUACAAGUGCCUGGACUGUGGAAAGAACUUCACACAGAAGUCACAGCUCAUCGUGCACCGCCGGAUCCACACAGGUGAGAAGCCCUACCAAUGCAGCGGCUGCCAGAAGAGCUUCGUGGACAAGUCGCAGCUGGUGGCCCACCACCGGAUCCACACGGGUGACUGUCCCUUCAAGUGUGGGGUGUGCAGCCGUGGCUUCCGCCAGAAGAUCACCCUCAUCAAGCACCAACGGGUCCACACGGGGGAGAAGAUCUUCCGCUGCGGCUCCUGCGGGAAGGAGUUCAAGAAGAAGUCAGUGCUGGUGACCCACCAGAGGAUUCACACCGGGGAGGAGCCCUACCCCUGCCCUGCAUGCGGGCGGUGCUUCAGGCAGAAGAUCCACCUCACCCGGCAUCAGCGGACCCAUGAGCGGCCGAAUGCACAUGUCUGUGGAGCCUGUGGGGACCACUUUGGCAGCAAGAGGGAGAUGCUGCGGCACCACCAGGGCUGCCAUCCCCCUCAGGCCCCCCACACCUGCACCACCUGUGGAAAGCGCUUCAGUCAAAAGGACUGUGGCAAGCGCUUUGGCGACAAGUCACGCCUCACCGUCCACCAGCGCAUCCACACCGGCGACCGGCCCUUCCGCUGCCCCACCUGUGGCAAGGGCUUCCGCCAGAAGAUCGCCUUGGUCAAGCACCACUGUGUCCAUGAGCGGCUCCCCAUUGGCAAGCGGCCCUUCUCCUGCAGCAAGUGUGGGAAGAGCUUUGCCCAGAAGGCCCAGCUGGCAGUCCACCACCGCAUCCACACCGGGGAGCGCCCCUUCCUCUGCACCGACUGCCCCAAAGCCUUCAUCGACAAGUCCCGCCUCGUCGUCCACCGCCGCACCCACACUGGCGAGCGUCCCUUCCAGAAGGUCGCCCUCACCACCCACCAGCGGGUCCACACGCGGGAGCACCAGCCACCGCCAGCCCCAGUUACCCUCGGACCCCAGGGUGAGGAGUGGCCCUUCACCUGUGUCGUCUGCGGGAGAGGUUUCCGCAAGGAGAUCGCCCUUGUCACCCACCGGCGGGUCCACACCAAGUAUGAGCCCAACCGCUGCAGCAAGUGUGAGCAGGUCUUCCCCAACAGGGCCCAGCUCUGGCUCCACCAGCCCUCCCAUGCCGAAGACCGGCCAUUCAAGUGUGCCACAUGCGGGAAGGACUUCAAGAGGAAAGAGAUCUUGAUUACCCACCAGCGGGUCCACACGGGAGAAGCGCCCUUCCAGUGCCCCCAGUGCAGCAAAAGCUUCUCACAGAAGGCCAACCUCAUGAAGCACCAGCUCACUCACACCCACCGGGGCCCGUUUAUCUGCUCUGACUGUGGGCAAAGCUACACCACCAUCGGACAUUUCAAGAGGCACCAGAGGAGGAACCACCUCAAGAAGCAAAGUCCUCCUGGUGAGGGAGAGGAGCCCCCUGAGGACCUGGCAACCGGCCAUGUGCCACCGGAGCCAGUGGGUGGCCACAGCAGCGCCAUCAUCGUGGUGAAGACAGAGGCUGAUGCUGAUGAGUAUGAGGUCCUACAGGUCCCAUGA